AUCAUCCUCAUCACGGGACUGUUACUCAUCGAAAUUACUCACCCUAACUAAAUGACGGAUAAUACAUCCUCACAUUCACGUCCUACAGUCAUAAUAACUAGCAACUAGUGAAGAGAAGGUGCAGGGCGCAGUGUUGGCAGUCACGAUUGAAGCCAAAGGUGCAAGUUGGCCAGUGUUUGGGUGACGGUCAAGUAAACAAACAGGAUGGGGAACUGUUGGUCGAUAGGAAUAUUUUUGAUAGUGUUUCUAGGCACAUUUUGUUUCUGGAACUGCAUGACCCGUGACGAGCCAGCGGAUACUUCAGGCUGGUAUGGCUGCAGGGACCAGAAGGGCGACCCCGUAGACUCGUUUGUGGUGUACAAGCUGCCCCACGACAGACAUGCACAAUUUCCACCACUGAAGGAGGGAACAGCCUACAUGUACCUCACGCCAGAAACAGCUUCCAGGCUGCAGAGUGGGGGUGUGUCAAGUGUGUUCAGUGAGUACCGGGACCUGGCGAGUGGUUGGGUGCUCAGCAAGGUCAGCAUCAGCAAUGAGUCUUCCAUGGUCGCCCGCACCCUCAGCAGAUUGUAUUCUGAUCCAGAACUCAACAAGAAAGCAGCGUACAUCCUCUACAACGACGAGUUUCCCAACGGCACAAAGUCCAUGACCCAGGGCCACACGAAGGGCGUGGUGGUGAUGACACUCAAUGGAGGCUUCUGGCUCAUCCACUCGGUACCCAUGUAUCCACCACCACCUGAGAAUGGUUACUCCUAUCCUCACUCGGGCCAUCGCUACGGCCAGACCAUGCUGUGUAUCAGUCUCCUUCCUGACCAGUCACACAGUCUUGGGUGGCAGCUGAUCCAGAACAACCCCUUCAUGUAUUCUGCCAACAUGCCUGCCUCUCUGGCCACCAAGUUCCCCAUGCUGACCAGGGUGAUGGAGGGGGAGCGACCCUCAGCCCCACCAUGGUACAGCAUCGUCCCCCUCACCUCACAGGGCGGCAAGACCUUCACCUCCUUUGCUAAGUACAGGAAAUACAACCAAGACCUGUACAGUGGCCUUGUGGCACCGGAACUCAAGACGGACAUCAUGGUGGAGAGCUGGCGCAAUGGCCCUCACCCUCUUCCCUCCUCCUGCAACACCACCUACAAAGUGGAGAACAUUGAGGAAGUGACUGCCAGGGCUCCCUCCACCAACUUCUCCACUCACCGUGACCACAGCAAGUGGGUGGUGGCCACCCACCCUGAAAAGCCAUUUGUGUGUAUUGGAGACAUCAACAGGAUGGAGACACAGUUUGAGCGAGCCGGCGGCACUGUGUGUAUGUCGAGCCUCAGCAUCUGGCACAGGUUCAACAAGCUGGUACAGACUGAGGAGGCUUGCCCACACACCAAGUGAAGGACAUGCCACCCUGCCCGAUGUGCUGGGACAUGUGAGGGAAAGGCUUUAGUAUUACUUGGGUUUUAGAGGGAGUUUAGCCUCUACGAGUGGGUAACAGUGUCAGGCGUGUCGCUUAGUAACACGACGGCCUGGUUCUUAUUGUGCUGUGUUGUCUUGUGGUUGGGAAUGUGAUGCUAAGUCUGGUGUUUAGGAUAAUCAGAGAAAAUAUUUUGCUACAUUUUCAUAGGUAUGGUAGAAAAGUGUUCCAUGACACCAGAUAAGUGGAGUGGGUGGAUACAAGGUUAUUAUAGGACCAGGGAUGUGAUUUUGUUUGAUAGUGACUGUGUUUGUACGAUUCAGGUUGAUGAUGAGAGAAUGACGGCAGGGGAGAUGCUUUACUGAUGUAGCUGGUCUUGUACUGCGUAGGUUUUGUGUGUACAGUAACUACUCAAACUACAACGCUUACUUUGCCUCUGUGGAAGGUUCAGUAAUAAGGUUCAUGCUGUGGCAGGAAGGGAAGGUGCGUGACAGAAAAUAUACUCAAACUUUUAAUGUUUGUCUGUGUGUGUGAGUGUGUGUGUGAGUGGGUAUCUUUGCAUGUUAUUUUCAUGAGUCUUUAAGGAUCACUUGCUGGACUUGUGAUCCCUGCUAUACUUUCCCUGUGAGAGCUUGAGGUGUGUGUGUCUGCCAGGUUGAUUCAGUGUAGAGAUGAAGGUGGAGGUGCCUGCCUGAUGAUGGUCACCUUGAUGUCACUCAAACUACAUGGAUUUGAUCUCAUGCUGCACAGGUUACAUAUAUAUUAAGUGUUAGUCUUCCUGUGUCUCUCUCUUCACUGUAUUUUUUUUGUAUCUUUUUUCAAUUUAACGACUGGAUGAAGAGGGGACUGGUUUUGUGCAUCCCUAAGAGUCUUAUGUUGCCAUUUGGUGACUUGGAAAUGUGUGUGAUGGUGGUUGUUGUUGUGUGAGGUGUGAAAGUAAUGGGAUGAGAGAGGUGGUGGUGCUGGUGUACAUGGGAAGGUUGCCAUGCCUAGAUAUGCAUUGGGUAGAAAGUGUCAGAUGUAAAAUUUAGGUUUAUGAAUAUUUGUGUAUGACAAUUUUUUUGGUUUGCAUAAAUCAGUCACAACAGCUACGUUCGGAUUACCUUGAAUGAGAAUAGCUAAGUUUGUAUCAGAUGAAGUAACUGAACAUAACCUCGUUUAAUCUAAUGUAUCUAAUCCUUCUACUGAUGUUUACAUAUUUAUAUAAACAAGAAGGUACUCAUAAUUUGAAAUAGUGUACUGUUCAUUGUGAGAUAUUUUAACCUGGAUGAAUAGAAGUGACUGUUUAGAAAGCGCCAACUUUUAGGUUAGAGACGAGGCAUGUAGUUGUUAACUCAGUGGAGUGGGUGCAGGAAGGCAGCAGCAUUUGAACUUAGGCUGCCAGUCACCCAAAACCUCGGUGCUCAAUACCUGACUUGGUUUUCCUCAGGUGCAAAGCUCAUCUGUGUCACCGCAAUAAUAUUUUGGGGAGGGAAUGUGGAAGUAAUAGAAAGCUAUUUGUCAUUAAUACUCAGGUUGUGUCAGUACUGUAUGUCAGGUGUGAGUGAGUGGUGAGUGUGUGAAAAGGUGUUUGUUGUGUUCCUUCUCAUGUGUAGAGUAGAGAAUUCUCAUUAUUUGUAGUGCAGUAAACACUCAACGAAUUGGACCUGGCCUAACAUAAACUUGUCUAAGAUGUCUCAAGAUUCAAGAUGUCUCAAGUAUAAUUAUUUGUGCAUGCCUGUGGUCCUGCUGUGCCCCACUCACCAAACAAUGGCUUCUUUUCACAGAUCUUGGUAUAUCAUAGUGAAAAUUGCUGAUUCCACAAAAGUUACCUGAAACAUCUUAAUACUAACUACUGCACAGUACUAUAGCUGUUGUUUAGAAUGGUGUGCUCCAGGUUUCUGCUCCAGGUUUCUGCCUCAGUCCCAUGUAUAAAUCUGCUAUUUGUCUUGAUGUAUAAGUACAGUAGGUGUCUGGGUCCCUGGAAGCAUAUGGACAUCAGGUCCAUAGAGGUUUUACUGUUGUUCAUUUUCCACAAGUAGUGUACCUUUCUUGCAGUAUUGAAGCUCACAGUAUAGUCAAGUUGUUCAUGUAGCUUAGGACAUUACAAUUAUAAUUUGUGAAUUGUAAGCUACCUCCUGUUGUGCUGCCUGAUGUGAGAGGCAGGGCACUGUAGUGUAGGAGGGCAUCCUGAGUUAUUAUUGUUGUUAACAUUGAUUCAUUCAGCAUUGUACUAGUCACAAGCUUCUAAGAAAUCAUUAUUAUGAAGCAAGUUACUUCUAGUUGGCUAAUAAUUGUUGUGUUCUCAGAAUUUAGUCAGUGAUUACUUUUAAGGCGUGGUUGUGUGUGCUCCUACAGCAGGGAGGCUUGCACCACUGCUGGCGGGUGUCACCAAGACAGCUGGUAUGAGUGUGACACCCAGGGGUGUGUGAACACUGCAUCACCACCACUAACUGAUGCCUUCACUCUGGUUGGUCAAGAUAUUCCCAUUAUAUUUUAAAAUGUGUGAAUAUUUAUAUUAUUCAUAAAAAGCCAUUAUCAUAAGAUAAGAGAUUAAGUAAGAUAAAAGAUUAUAUGUUUGGAUACAGUACAGGAAGUUCUCAGUUCAUGACAUUUUUAAUGUAUGGCAUUUUGUGGAUAUGUUGCCCAUCUGUUUUCCCGAGGAAGAGAGCUUUGUUUAGAAUUGCCAGUUGCUCACCAUAUUGGAUUUUGUUACAUUCACUGCUCUCUUGUUUGUGUUGUCUUUUUGGGAGCUAUUUGGUCUCUACAGUGUUUUAUGUCCUAGAUUAUGAUUUUACCACUGUGUUAGUAUAGGUGGGUGACAUAGGGAGGUACAACACUUAUAAGCUCCAACUUAUGAAAAAUUAUUUGAUGUCGCACUGUAGGAACGUAACUCCUACAUAGAUUGAGGACUCCCUGUACCUUAUGAAUAAGUUUGGCAUGAGAUAGAUAUAUGACAGUUUGCCACACAUUUCAAGACAGGCUGAGAACACAACCAACCAGUGAAAGCAUCAGUAGGUGAGCCUGUUGCUACAUCCUGGGUGGUAGAAUUACUGGGACACACUUGGCGACACAGGCUGCAGUGGUGAUAGGCAUGCUCACCUGCUGCUGGGGGAAUUAGUUCAAAUCCUGGACUCCUGAAACCUAUUGAAUGGAUUGUACAGUGAGGUGGAGAUACCCAGUGGACUGGUAUGAAUAUAUCAGCGUCUGGACACAGCUCAUACUGCAAAGUGGGAGAUUCACAUUACAUGAUAAAAUAUACCUGUAAGCAUCAGUUUUUAUAUGGAUGUAGAGUAGCAGGAUGGAGCUCAAGACAGGAGCUCAAAUCUGACUCUUUUCUACCUUUACUUAGUGAUCUGGAUGUGCUGAGUUGCGUAACCCUUGCUCUGCCUUGCCACCACCACACCCUCUGCCAUAACACCUGUUCUGGGUGUGGUAGCCAGUCUGUGGUGUUCACUUUAUUCGCAGUGUCUUACUAAGUGUUCAUUGCUAUCUCUCUCUCUCUCUCUCUCUCUCUCUCUCUCUCUCUCUCUCUCUCUCUCUCUCUCUCUCUCUCUCUCUCUCUCUCUCUCUCUCUCUCUCUCUCUCUCUCUCUCUCUCUCUCUCUCUCUCUCUCUCUCUCUCUCUCUCUCUCUCUCUCAGAAAGUGUAUAUGCUCAGAAAUGUUUCUUUCAUGAACAUGACUUGCAUUUCCUCAAUUAAUUUUCCUCUAAGUGUGGUAAAGCUGUACAUAAUUGCUUUGUCAGUUUACGAAGUGUAUAGUGGCUAGAGGACAGUGUUGCCAUGCUUGAGUCAUUAUUAUAAGGUGUUAUGUAUGUUGGCUUACUUCUCGUAUCAGCAUUUGCUUCCCAUCCAUUGCUUUUCUACUUUAUAUGCAUUAUUGCACUGUUGUUCAUAUUCUUUCUUCAUCUCUACUGUGAUUCCCGUAAAGUAGUGAAGUAUUGGUGCAGAUACCUGCAGUGGUGAUGUGACAAAGUAUGAAUUAAUAUAUGUACUAAUGAACCUCUCUAUAUUAACAGUUCUACAGAGACCAAGAAGAGGUGAGAGGUGAUAAGUUAAGGCAAUUGUGUGCUAUAAAUGUUUUGCCUGAAGUUAUUUGUACAGUGUGACAUCAGCACUUCAAGCAGCAAGGCAGUGGGUGGUGAGUACAGCCAAACACGUUCACUGAUGAAUGAUUGGAACAUUACUUUACUGCAGCCAAAGAUUUGUCCUAACACUCCUAACAACACAGUACUUUCACGACAAAAACCAGGCUGGUGAAUGUUGCUUGUGAAGUAAUGUGAAAACUGAGCAGUGGUAAGAGAUAAACUCACUGGAUAAGGCAGGUGGAGGCUCUUCCUUGGCCAUUGCCUUUUGAUAUACUCUCAUCACUCAGAGAGAUAGAAUGAUAGAAGUAAAAGGGGCAUUAACAUGUAGACAAGCAUUAGAUUAAAGAAAUACUAUUCAAUGGGAUGGAUGUACUUUCAGAGGGAACAAUUAAGUGGCCAGAGGGAUAGAAUGAUGGAAGUUAAAGAGGCAUUGACAUAUAGACAAAUAUUAGAUUAAGAAAAUACUGAUCAGUGGAGGGGUAUGCUUUCAGAGGGAACAAAUGGUCAGAGUGAUAGAAUGAUAGAAGUAAAUGUGGCAUUGACAUGUAGACAAGCAAUAAAUUAAUGAGAAAAUAUUAUUCAUUUCAUUGAUUAAAGAAAGUGUUGUGCUGUACUCAUCAAGAAUGUUGCACAGAUUUUUGAGAAUUUCAGGCACUCGGUAUCCAUGAAGCUGAAGUGCUACUCAACAUUUUUUUAUAAUACUUGCUUUGCCCUCCAUGUGCUAAUGACAUGAAUUUCUUAGUACAAUUGUUGUUGCCAAAUGGUUUCUUUGCUUGUAUCCUUAGUGGGGAUGCCGUGAGGGGCGUUUCUAGUGUAGCACACAAUAGUUACCAUGUGUUGGGCUGGCCGGAGAGGAGGGGAGUGUGGGAACAAAGUGUAUACAUAUGUUAGUCACUGUUAACCCUUUCACUGCCAUGGGAUGUGUGGUGUGUGGUGUGUCUUCCUGUAGCUGCAAAGCACACUGAGACAUCACCCUUCAUUCUGCACCAUCUCUUGAUACAUUGGUCAGAAAUUGAAGCUUUUGUUCUUCCAAACUAUUUUAUUUAUUUAUUUUUUUUUUUAUUUAGAUGUUUGUAAAGAUUCAGUGUUGUGAGAUGUUGUUUACUGCAGUGAAAGGGUUAAUUACUGCUUUCAUACGGAUAUUGAAGUAUGUUUACUUUAUUUAAUAAUCUGUUUUAGGAUAAGAAUGAUAAUGCUGUGUGCUUUACGGAUG